CAUGAUUCUGAAGGCCGUAACGUCAGCGCGACGGGUGAACGUUAUUAUUAUCCCAGCUGAUGUGAAUCCGUUCUCCAUCAUACGGGGAAGGGAAAAGGUACACGGGUGGACACCAGGUGGUACCAAGUUGAGACUGAGAGGGCAAGUGAGAUAGCUCGAGGAGCCGUUAAACCAGAGAGAGAGAGAGAGAGAGAGAGUAGUAGAAGAAGUAAAGCCUCGAAUCCGCGAUCCAAAUAAAUAAUAUAAUCCAAUGUAUUACGGUUCCCACGGUGCCACCGAAGAAGUCGCCGCCGCCGCAGCCGCCGAGGAAAAGAUAUGUCGUUACCGCGGGAAUGGAGCUUCCAGGAUACGGCACAGUGCCGACCGUACCCGGGAUACGGCGGCUCGUCGUUGGCCGAGGUGCGUGACGUCGAUGUCGACUUCGGCGUGGAUCGCACGACCGGCGCGGCAGUGUCGUCGUCGCAGGAGAUGGUCAUCGGCGGCGGCGCUGUCGCUGCCAUCAUCGACGAGAACAUGAAUCAGCCGGCUAACCAGCUGGGUUCGCUCUUCUCCAUCCACUCGGCGCCGGUGUUUGACCUGAGCGGCGGCGCCAUCGCCGGGGCGCCGUCGCCGAAGCGGCCGGCCUCGUUGGCGGUGCAAACGACAGCGACGUCGACGCCGAUCGUACCGCCGCAUCUGCAGAGCCCGGAGGGCACCGUCAACGACGACGAUGACAACGACAACCUGCUGACGAUAUCCAGCCUCACCGCUCGUCCGCUCAUUGCGAAAUCACGAGAGCUCAGAUCCGCCAGGUGCACGGUCCCGAAGAGAAAGAAAUCCCAGAGAAGCGACAUCAGGAAACCGCGGAACACCACGUACGUGCCACUGGACGGCGGUUAUGGCUGGGUGGUCGUGUUCGGCGCCUUCUUCGUGCAGUUCUGGGUCGCCGGCUUGGUCAAGUCCUACGGCGUGCUCUACGUCGAGGUCAUGGAGACUUUCAAGGACUCGUCCGCUUCGGUGGCGUCCUGGAUACCGGCGAUUCUGACGUGCCUAUGUCUGGCGCUCGCUCCGGUGACAAGUAUGCUCUGCCAGAAAUACAGCUGUCGAACGGUGGUUUUCGUAGGUGGACUCUUUUGCGCCCUAGGACUUACAACUAGUUACUUCGCCACGCGAUUGAUACACCUCUUUUUUACAUUUGGAGUGCUGACAGGUAUCGGCGGCGGUCUGUCCACUACGCCGGGCAUAAUCCUAGUAUCGCAGUACUUUGAUAAGCAUCGCGCUCUGGCGAACGGAAUCUGCGUGUCCGGUACCGCCGCUGGUAGCUUCGUAUUUCCGCUCCUCAUCGAGCUGCUGGUGAAAGACUUCGGUUUUCACGGUACAAUUUUGUUGUUGGGCGGCUGUAUGUUGCACGUGUGCGUGAGUGCGACUCUGUACCGACCGUUGGACGAAAAUUACGCGCCCGACGAGGAGGAGAUCCAGCAGAGGGAAGUGAAGGAAGAGCAGUCGAAGCAGCAGAAGCUGGACCUGUUGUUCGCCAACGACCCGACCACUCGGCACAACAUGCUGAACGAGCUAUUUCAUCAAAACGGCGGCGGUGUAGUGGCCGUUGAGCUGACCGACAGUGACGAAGAGAAAGACGUGAUGGGUGAAGGAUUGCGUAUGAAACCGAUUUCCAAGAUCCGCAGUUCCAGCAUCCUGCACAGUGUUGAAGACUUGUCGACGGACUCGACGUGCGUCUACAAAGCAGCUCGCUCAUCGCUGAGGUCGUUGAAAUCAUCAGGAACAGCGGUGGCUCCUCCAGAACAGCAACCGGCACCACCACCGCCUCCAUCGCCGCCUCCACCGAUGUCAUCGUCGUCGUUGACGCAAACUGCGUCGUCCAUUGAUGCAUCCAAAGUCACCCUGAUGCAGCGGCUGACGCGCUACAUCGACUUGUCGCUGUUGAAGAAUCCACAGUUCAUCAUGAUGUGCUUCUCCGUCAGCCUCAUGUCUACCGGCAGUCCAUACAUGCUGUAUUAUCUGCCGGCGUACGUACACGCCGCUGGUUACACCAAGUCGGAGGCGGGCUACCUGGUGGCAAUCUCCGCUGCCCUCGACCUAUGCGGCAGGCUUGGUCUCGGAUGGCUAUCCGAUCUCAAACUGUUCGACCGGCGGAAAGGAUAUAUCGGCAGCGUAGUUGGUGCCGGUGUAGCGGUCCUCGCAAUACCGAUGGCUCACUCCUUCUACGUGUUGGCGUGUUCCGUUGGCAUGUAUGGACUGUGCUUGGGUUGUUGGUUCCUCCUAGUUCCCGUCCUGCUUGCCGACCAGUACGGAACCGACAAGAUAUCGUCCAGCUAUGGUCUCGUGAGGAUGUUCCAAAGCGUUGGCGCGAUUUCUAUUCCACCUCUCGCAGGUUACUUGCGCGAUGUAACCGGAAGUUACACUGUGUGUUUUCUGUGUAUGGGCACGUGUAUGGUAAUAGGAGGUCUGCCUCUGCUGUUGGUCUUCAACGAGACGUCAAACUCGACAACAAAGCUGCCCGUAAACGCCGAGAAUAACAAUCGUCAGAGGGACACUACCAUGAAAGAGUAAAUUAUUUUGAAAAUGUGAUCGUUAACGAAGAGUGAUAUAAUCUAAUGUGUAAUAGGAAGAUAAUAAAUCGCAACAGUUGUCACAAAA